AUAGCUCCCUAUGAGCUGUAUAAUCAAAAUGUCAUGGCCAAAGUGAUAGUGUCAGAAUAGUGUGUUCAACAAAAGUGUUCGAAUACGUAUUGACAAGAUUUUAAUUAGUUAUAUUUUGAGUUAGUGCUUUAUUGAUAUACUUCUAACCUUGAAUUAAGUGUAUACAGCAGUUAGGAAAUAAUGGCUGCGGACGAAAAACUCUUCUUUACCAAAACGGUUCAACAUUUGGCAAGAUCUCUUGCAGCAAUAAAACCGACGCCCUGGGACAAGGUAAAUCGUUUAUUCAAGUUAUGUCCACAAGAUUUGGCACAAGGGGUUUUUCGCAUAGAUCAGCGGGGUCAAGAUGCCACUAUCGCUCUUGGAAUUUAUUUCCUUGAAUCUGGACUCCAACAUCGUGAUCGAAUACUUCCAUAUUUGUUGAGCCUCCUACGUGGUUUGCCAAAAGCAGUAUGGCUUGACGAGGUUCGAUUUUCACCUGUUGAAAGAGUACCAGUGGCCGAGCGUUUCAGUUUUUGCCUUAACACAUUACUUAGCGAUGUUGCUGCAAGAUGCGAACCAGCCAGAGAGGAAAUAAUAGCCACUCAAGUAGAGAUACUGAUGGUUAUGACAAAUAUGAUAAGAGGGUGCAAAGAGCAGAAUGGUAACAGGGGAACUCAGGCAAAACUGUCUCUGUGCAAGUGUCUCGUGCCUGUAUUGAUAGGCCUUGCUCGUUCGAUGGGACGAUUCGCUUGUCAAGAUCCACCAUUGCUUUGUCGCAUAUUUCCUUUACCCGAGCCACCGUUACCCGCAUCUAACAAUGAGAAGCCGAUUGACAAGAGACACAGAAGUUUUUCAAAUUUUCGUCCGAUCAUACCACGCUCUCUCAGUGGCAAUUUAAACCCUCAUUGGUCAAUCGACAGUGCACAAGCUUCACUGCCAGUGGCUGAGGAUUAUUACUGUUCUACAAAACGACCUUCGCUUCAUACUUAUCUCUCAAUUCCCUACGAUCCAGCAACUUAUUUUUUCUCGAGAUACGGUUCGAGCUUCAAUCAAUUUCCACAAAUGAGAUGCAAUGAGAGUCCUGAAAGACGAAUGGGUCUACAAUUCAGCAUAGUUCAUCUUCAGUCUGUCCUGGCAUUGGCAAAAAAAUUAUUAACAAAGGAAAUUCUUGCGUUCCUUGAUGAUGAGGCUCAGCAGGUUUAUUUCUUGGGUCAAGUGCAAAUAUUUCCUUAUCGGACAUUCAGCGAAACAAUGAAUUUGGUAAUGGUCGCGCUGUUACGAGAGCUGUUGCAAAGUCAGCGUGAUUUACCACCACCGUUUAUCCGGGACGUGCAGGAGUUCGUGAAGGAUCUUUUUUUGUCGGGCCAAACGGAAUUGCAAUCGCGUCAACACGAUGCCAGUGAGCGAGAAGACGUUGAUACGAAUUUUCGUACAGUUAAUAGAUUCAAGGUCAACGUAAUGGCGAAUUCAGCGUGCGUUGAUCUCUUGGUUUGGGCCAUAGGAGACGAGACCGGUGCGGAUAGCCUCUGCAGUCGGCUGAAUGAGAAGAUCAAUUUCAACCUCGCACCGAAACUUGUGCUUGCUCAUAUGCCCUUGUUAAUGGUAUGCCUCGAGGGAUUGGGAAAAUUGGCACAGAAAUUUCCAAAUAUCGCCAUAACAUCGAAUUACAAUUUGCGGGAUUUUCUCAUGAACCCAUCGCCCAUACUCGUCAAGCUUCAUCGCCAUUACAAUGAAAAAUUGGCCAAGGACCGUCAGUUUAGGGCAACAAUCACAGUCCAGGGCAAAGAAAUCGAGGAUCCAAAAACUCCGACUUCACCAAGCCAGACGGCGUUUGAGAAGCUCAGAGAUGCUGCUAUUGGGAAUCUCUGCAUUGCCCUUGAAGCCGCUCAUCCUGUGUAUCCAAACUGUGUUCCCGCGUUAGUAAGCAGCGCAUCGACCCGAAUGUGCAGUUUGGAAAGAAGUGAAGGCACGGAAAAAUUGACGAACGAGCUCGUAGCUGAAAAUAUCGUGAUAAUGCUUGGUCAUGUUGCGGUUGCCUUGAAAGAUACUCCAAAAACAACGAGUAGUAUUCUACAAUUUUUCGAACAGAGUUUCUGUCGCGAUCCCAGUGCCCUCGAUAGACUCAUAGUCGAUCAGCUCGGAUGCAUGAUUAUCGCCAAGUGCGAAGCACGAGGAGAAAUUAUGAAGAUGUUUUCCGUUUCCCUCGAAUCGAGCUGCAAAACAUACGUAACGAAUGUCGAUCGCAAACAAUAUCGUCAUGUAACGGGAGCUGUAACAAACGCACUUGCAAAUAUAGCGGCCAAUCUUCAGGGUGAAGAUGAACUUGAUAAGCUUCUGCUGCGUCUGUUACAGCUCUUUGUAUCAAUGGGCCUCGAAGGGAAACGCGCGAGUGACAAGACUUCAACGACUGCAACGAUGGGAACAAUGACUACUAUGACGAAAGGUUCAAGCAGCGCUGGAAAUUUAGGUGCUCUAAUUCCAGUAAUUGCGAUACUCGUACGUCGAUUACCACCUAUAAGACAACCGCCACCUCGAGUGCUGAAGCUCUUCAAGGAUUUUUGGUUGUAUUGCGUCGUUUUUGGAUUUGCUGCUGCCGAGUCUCCUCAUUCGUCGAGAAUAUGGCCAGCCGAAUGGUACGAGGGGGUCAAAGAGAUAGCAAUUAAAUCUCCGUACCUAAUAUCACAGACUAACGCGAAGUUAGAGAUGAGAGAGCUCCAGUAUACUUCGGCAGUAAGAAACGAGAGUGUAUCAAUGACGGAACUUCAAGAAUUACGGGCUCAGAUCUUGAAAAUGAGCAUAAAGACAAGCGAGGCAGUUGCUUACGUGAGCAAGAUGCAGUUCGCUCAAAUAACCUACCUGCUUUCGGUUUAUUGGGUGGAAACAUUGAGAGUAGCGAACAGCCCUGAGCCAAGUUUACAGCCGAUAAUGGAAUAUUUAAGCGAUUCCGAUCUGCAGAAAGACAAAAGUGGAAUGUGGCAGUGCAUAAGCGGCGUCGCAGAUUCGGUAUUUGCGGCGUUCAAGAGCGUUAUGCAGAAAAAGCCAAAGGACGAAAGGCGCGAACGUGAGCUCGAAAAUCAUGCCCAAUUCCUUCUAGUCAAUUUCAAUCACGUGCACAAACAAAUACGACGGGUUGCGGAUACUUAUCUCAGUGAUUUGGUCGAUGCUUUUCCUCAUUUAUUGUGGAAUUGUCGAGUACUGUGGAGUAUGUUGGACAUACUUCAGGUACUCUCGUUUUCCCUUCAGCUUGAUCCUAACGAGGAAACGCCCACGUUACGUAUUCCCGGCACACCAUACAGUAUACAUUUGAUGGAUACUCUUGAAGCAAGAGAGAUGAUAGUAAAAGAUUUUGCCGCAAGAUGCAAGCAAAUAGUGCAGGAAGCAAUGAAAUGGGCACCGCACGCGACUCGAUCGCAUCUCCAAGAAUACAUAAAUCAGAUUCCGUCAUCGGGAAUGUGGCAUCACGCAGGACUCGCUUUGGCUACUGAUUCGGUAUUAGAAUUCGUUGAUGUGGCUGUACCAACGACUUAUCCAACGAAUACGAACUCAUUGGACAAGCGACCGCGUGGUGCCAAGGGCGCUAGUACUUGGCUCUUGUCCAUGAUGUCAAGAAGAUCUUGGUACGCUGGCGAAGUUGCUGGCAUGCUUGCUUUGGCACGGAGUGAUUCGCCGACCACUGAAACUGCGCCGGAAGACGGCAGAAAUAUGGUCAUCGAUCGUGUCAUCGCUGCUGUCAAACGUUCGUGCAGUAACACUGACAACGUUCAACAUCAAGGAGCUCUUUGGCGCGCUACCGCCUUACUCAUUUCCGUGCCAGGAAUACACCGGAAAUUACUGUACUCAGUUGCCUGGUCACAAGUCGAAUUGUUCACCAAUACAGCUAUGACGACUGCCACUGAAUGUUGGCAGUGGAUACUCACCGCUCGACCUGACCUCAAGUUACGAUUCCUGCAGGAAAUGCUUGCAGCUUGGCAAUACACGGUCAAUAAAAAAAUGGGCUUAUUUUCACCGGAACGACAAGAAGUCAGUCCGCUGGCUGUUUACGAAGGCUGCGAGCUUGGACCAAAUCCACCAUACGUUAAACCUCACGAGAUUUGGGUCACUUUCAUCGUUGAGAUUAUUGAAACUGCCAAAUAUUGCUGUCAAGAAACUAUCGAAAUGAUUGCUAUCCUGCUGCAUCGAUCUUUACCUAUGACCGUUGGUGCGACGAACGAAGAACACGGCUUGAACAGACAUGUCGCUGCCGUCGGGGCUCGCUUCAAACUUUUGUCUUGCGGUCUCCUCCUUCUGCAAGGUGACACUUUGCCGAGAUACCUGAGUAAAAACGUUUUGCGUGAGCGAGUUUAUUGCAACUGUCUGGAUUACUUCUGUCGCGAACGACAAAUGCCGACCCAAGAACCCGAUCAACUCCGUGAGGAUAUCAUAACGUUGAUAAGAUUCUGGCAAGUGAUGCACAGUGAAAAGAAAUAUCUGAUGAUGGGGAGCAGCGAGGGAGAUUAUGAUGGAAUGGUGGAGCCACAGUGCGGGUUCGGUGGCAUCGACCCCACUAUAAAUUCGCUUGCUCCAACGGGACGAGAAUUGGUGAAACAACCUGCUGCCGGAUGGAUAAAUACAGUACCACUCUCCACGAGCAGUAACGCUCUUGGAAAACGAAGCAAUCGAAGUAAACGUAUUAUGCACAACAACGUCGCUGUCAAGGAUUACAUAAAGAAGCGCAAUUUGAUUUUGGGCUUGCUAGCAGAGGAAAUUGAGUUGCUGCUGGUGUGGCACAAUCCAGGUGGACGUCAAGAUCUUGCGUUGCCCGGUGAGAAUUCGAUAGCUGAAUGGCGAGCUAAAGUGAUGAAUGAACGUUGGCGCGACUAUACUCGUCUCGCAUGGGAAAUAAGUCCGGUGUUAGCGGUUUAUCUCCCAGUUCGACUGAAGAAAACUGACUCGAUAGUCAAAGAAGUGUGCAGGCUUGUGAGGCUUAAACCAAUUCCCGUAAUGCAUGUACCAGAAGCAAUGCAAUAUCUCGUCACUACGGAAAGUCUGUUGAACGAUGCACCGGAGCUCGUCCACAUGCUAACCUGGGAACGAAUUUCUCCGAUUGAAGCACUGGCAUACUUCUCAAGACAAUUUCCUCAUCACCCUAUAUCGGCACAAUACGCGGUCGAUGUCCUUGCAAGCUAUCCAGCAGAUGCGGUUCUGUUCUACAUCCCGCAGCUUGUUCAAGCUGUACGUCACGACACCAUGGGUUACGUGAUUGAAUUCAUCAAAGCGAUUGCCAAGCGUUCACAGGUGGUUGCACAUCAACUGAUUUGGAAUAUGCAAACGAAUAUGUACACCGACGAGGAUAAGCAGAUGAAAGAUCCGGAUUUGUUCGACACUCUUGAUUCGUUGAUAAAGAGUAUUUUAAGUUCUUUAUCCGGCCCAGCAAAACAGUUUUAUGAGCGUGAAUUUGAUUUCUUCGAAAAAAUAACUAAUAUAUCGGGUGAAAUACGUCCGUAUCCCAAAGGUCCCGAACGGAGAGAGGCCUGUUUGAAAUCGUUGCGAAAAAUAACAGUACAGCCAGGUUGUUACUUACCUUCGAAUCCUGAAGCAAUGGUCAUCGACAUUGAUUAUAAUAGCGGCAGACCCAUGCAGAGUGCUGCCAAAGCACCGUUUCUGGCCCGAUUUCGAGUACAACGUUACGGCAUAAAUGAGCUGGAGAACAUAGCAAUGGCUGUAUCAGCAAACGCAAAAGUCGAGACAAAGUGUGCUGGUCUCGAAACGUGGCAGGCUGCGAUAUUCAAAGUCGGCGAUGACGUGCGACAGGAUAUGCUGGCCCUUCAGGUUAUUGGAAUUUUCAAACACGUUUUCCAACAAGUUGGUUUAAACCUAUUCUUGUACCCGUACAGGGUGGUUGCGACAGCUCCUGGGUGUGGCGUUAUCGAAUGUGUGCCAGAUGCUGAAUCGAGAGAUCAACUAGGACGUCAAACUGAUAUCGGCAUGUACGAAUAUUUCCGAACAAAGUACGGUGAUGAGACGAGCAAAGAAUUUCAAACGGCUAGACGGAAUUUUGUUAAAUCGAUGGCAGCGUACAGCGUAAUAACAUAUCUGCUACAAAUCAAGGAUCGUCACAACGGAAAUAUAAUGUUGGACAAGGAAGGUCACAUAAUACACAUUGAUUUUGGAUUUAUGUUUGAGAGUUCGCCAGGUGGAAAUCUUGGUUUUGAGCCAGACAUAAAAUUGACCGAUGAGAUGGUUCUCGUCAUGGGAGGCAAAAUGGAAGCUGCACCGUUCCGCUGGUUCAUGGAACUUUGCGUUCAAGCUUUUCUCGCAGUGAGACCCUACCAAGAGGCAAUAAUAUCAUUAGUUUCCUUGAUGCUGGAUACUGGUCUACCAUGCUUUCGUGGACAAACGAUCAAACUACUACGAAGUCGCUUCGCGCCGAUGGCAACAGAUCGAGAAGCUGCAGUUUUUAUGCUCAACGUAAUACGCAAUAGCUUCUUGAACUUCCGUACGAAAACCUACGACAUGAUACAGUAUUACCAAAAUCAAAUUCCGUAUUAAAUCCGUCACUUCACGCGAGUGGAUUAAUUGUUAUUCGUGAUAUUCUUAAAUAUUCGUAUCGGUGGGUAUCGAUAUGGAGAGAAUUCCUCCAUAUCAGUAAAAAGAACAAACAUGUACAAUUGUAUGAUUUUAUCAUAAUCAGAAUGAUUGAAAAUUAAUCAAUUCCUUACAUAUACUCGGGUACUAUGUACAUUUGUACAGUUUUUGUGCGUGUGUAAUUGGACGAUUAUGCAUUUGGAUUUUUUCGAAAUCGGCGCAGGGAUAUGUACAUUCCUUAUCUAUGUAUGUAUUUGUUAUAAUAUUUAUUCUGUGAAUUGUUAGUUCGUGGAGAAAUAAAACAUUUUAUGGUUGCCAA